AUGAAGUCCAUGCACUUGAGUUUUCUGCUCCUGGCAGCGCUCCUCAGCAGUUCACAUCAGCUGUCCAAGCCGGAAGAUCCCAUCUAUACGGCAGCAGUGGUGGAGCACAGCUCGCCAGAGGGCGAUUCUCCAAGGACACGCACCAUUCUAGCUUCGGAAUCCUUUCAAAAGAUCAUUGGAGAAGUCGGGGAUGUGGACAUCAUAGUGUUUCCCGAGCACGUGCUCAAUAGUGACGCCACGGCCACCUUUGUGCCCCAUGAGUUCCAGAACAUAACGCCCUGCUACCAAACGGACUACGAGCUGUUCCUCAUCGAACUGUCCUGCUCGGCGAGGGCUAAUAGCCUGUAUGUGGUCAUAAACGUGGUGGAGAAGGAACUGUGCGCCCAUGGAGCUGGUUCCGACACCCUUGAUCCUUGUCCUUCGACUGGAGUUCGGUACUUCAACACGAAUGUGGUGUUCGACCGAACGGGCAGGAUUAUCUCGCGUUACAGGAAAACCCAUUUGUGGCGACACGAGUACUACUCAAUAUCAGUGCUGCGAACUCCAGAUGUAUCCACAUUUACCACAGACUUUGGCGUAACCUUUGGCCACUUCAUCUGCUUCGACAUGUUGUUCUAUGACCCGGCGUUGAAAUUGGUAGUGGAGCACAAUAUCACGGAUAUCGUGUAUCCCACUUACUGGUUCUCCGAGCUGCCAUUCCUGGGCGCGGUGCAACUCCAAGAGGGUUGGGCAUUUGGUAAUGACGUCAAUGUCUUGGCCGCAGAUGCCAGUAAGCCAGCUGGACGCACUUCCGGAUCGGGUAUCUAUGCUGGACGCGGUGGCCGACUGGUGGCGGAGAUUUUCGAGCAACCCACCACCAAGUUGUUCAUUUCGGAGGUGCCCAAGAGGAGCCAUGGGCAACUGUCACCCAGCUUCACGCCGCUGUUCACGCCGCAGCGGAAAACGCAGAGAUUGACUGGCUUGGCGGCCUAUCGGGAUAACAAUGUGGAUAUAUUCGAAGGUGAACUUUUGGCCGAGGACUUUCUGAGCUUCGAACGCCAGUUGUGCCACGGCAGCUUUUGCUGUUCCUUCUCCAUCGAACGGAAGGUCACCAGCCCCGCGGAGAACGAGGUGACCUCCAGCGAGGCGAAAUCGUAUCGCUAUAGGAUCGGCGUCUACUGGGGCAAUGAGACGACCGUCAUUGGCGUGGAUCGCACUGAGCAGGCCACUUGUGCUCUGUUUGCCUGCACGGAUGUGCGUAUCGCCAGUUGUGGCUACAUAUUCCCGGAAAACCAGGAGGUCAUCAAUACGCACCAUUUCACCAAGCUGAGCAUCUCUGGCAAUUUUCCAGCUGCUCCACGUGGUCGUCGAUUGAUCAUGCCCAGCACCUUGAAUGCUCUAUUCCUGCCCGUUUCGGUAGCCGAUUAUGAAUGGCAGGAAUCACCAGAGGCGGCGAAAAAUCUGGAUCAGCCCAUAUUGGUCGAUUUGAAACUGGCGAAGCCACAAAACGACCUGCUGACCUUUGCCAUUUGGGCCAACUAUUUCACCGAGAUACCCAGCACCCACAAUUUGGAUCACAUGCAGCCCCAUGUCACCAGUCCCUCGACUUCCGCAUCCUCGGGUAUUUCAGCACUCGGGAUUUUCUGGGUUCUCAGCUGUCUCCUUAUCGUUAAGAUUACUUCAGAUUACUCAAGGCAAAUAUCUUGGUCAUAAUGCUAACGAAUAUACUUUGUUUCU